CAACAAGUUUCAGGCUCAAUGGCUGACGCAGUCAUAUAGACCCACAGCCAAAGGCCCGCCCAUUAAGUGUGCCUUUGUUUAGUCAAGGAGACUUGGUACAUCGUCCAUCUGGUGCCGCUAGCUUACGCUGGAGUUCAAGCAGUCUAAAGACUGCUCAGUCUGUCGCUGAUGGCUACACCAAGGAAGUCAGAGAUUUCAACAUUGCCAGGGGAACAGCAGAGAAGAUAGAGCAAACAAAAGACUCAUUCGUCAAGCAACGGCAUGCGCAGCCCGAUUCUGGCACCUUUACAGCAGUCGUGUUGGCUCAAAGAUGGUUGGGAAGAUUACGACUCCAAGAUCCUCACCCAAUGACCAGGAAGCUUCAGCAAGCUUCACAAACCUCUUAUCGCCAACAGAAGUUUAUACCAGAGUCGCAAAUCCGAGAUAUCGUGCGAGAUGAAGUUAUCCAAGCUGAACUCUCCAAGUCAAACAAGUCCGUUGGCAAGCCGUCCAGAAUGUUGAAAGCUCCGGUCGUUUCCAAGAAUUACGAGUCAUACAGGAAGAUACUUGCAAUACUAUAUCUCAUGAAACGACCUUCUAAGAUCCGACUGUUUGUCAAGGCCGGGCUUUGCGAUGACCAACUUCCCUUCAAAAAGGCUCAGCACCUGGGUAGGUUUGAUCGGUCAGCUACAUUAACUAGUCGAAACACACCUGGUUCUGCCAACAUAAAGUUUACAAGACCAGAAGAUGCCGAUGAGUUUCUGGACCGACAGUGGUCAGUACUUGCGCCUGUUUUUUCCGGAUCCGAUGGAAUUGUCCCACAUGACGACUUCGAGUGUGAAUCGAUCUUACCAUUCCUCCCGGAAACAACUAUCGCGAAAGAGGGGGGCUCUAGCAAGGUAUUUAAAGCCAAGAUUCAUCCUGACCAUCAUAACUUAUGUCAACCGAAAGGUGGCCUCAACAUUUAUGCAGUCAAGACAUUGAAGUCAAAAGAUGACAGAGCCUUUCGCCAAGAGGUUACUGUUCUGAGAAGACUCAGUACCAGCAAGCAUGCUCAUGCUCACCUCAUCACUUUACUAGCCACCUAUAAACAAGGCGCAGCAUACCAUCUUAUUUUCCCAUGGGCCGAUGCCGAUCUUUUCGAUUAUUGGAAGCGACGUCAAGAGGCGCCCCCAGAACAUGACCAGACAGGUGCAUGGGUAAUAGAGCAAUGUCGAGGGCUUGCAGAUGGACUCAACAGCGUCCAUCGUUAUGCGACAUUCUCCGGGACGUCUAUCCUUGACGCUUUCAAACUUUCCAGCAGGACUGAGACAGAUAGACACCAUGCCACCUACACUGGUAGUGCAAAUGCCGAUCGUUCGACCAGAAAUCUGUUUGGCCGUCAUGGUGAUCUGAAACCACAGAAUAUCCUCUGGUAUCCAGAUUCCCAGACUACGGGUGGUCAUGGCGUCCUGAAAAUUACCGACUUUGGAGUGACUCGGUUCAAUACAGAGAACAUGUGGGAUACCCAGAAGACUGGUAAAUUGCCGAACUCGCCUACCUAUCGGUCACCAGAGAGUGAUCUUGACGGCAAGCUUACUACUGCUUGCGAUGUUUGGGCCCUCGGAUGCGUAUACCUGGAAUUUGUCGCUUGGUAUUUUGGUGGUUACAGACUAGUCCAAAGGUUCGGCGAGCAGCGGUUGGCACCUGAUCCUCGUAUGGCGAACAUGCGAACAGACACUUUCUUCACGAUAGUCGAGAGAGAAGGUGAGAAAACAGCCGACGUGAAGCCAGCGGUCCUCAAGGUGAUUGAAGAGCUGCGAGAACAUCAUCGCUGCACAGGAGACUAUAGCAACUUUCUUGACAUGAUCAAGGAUGAUAUGCUAGUCACUCACUCACCAGAAGCGCCGGGCAGUGUAGAUGGGAGCUUGAUACUUCAGAAAUCAGUUUCAGAACCAGUUGGUACCCCACGCUUGGGAUAUAUCCGACGAAAGAGUUGUGGGGAUGUGUUUCGUAGAUUGGGCGACAUCAACCCUCGUUCUGACCAGGAAGAACCAACUUCCCCUAUAACCCAGUCACAUCGCACAUGGCCACAAUGGCAGCCAUGAGUCGAGGAAGUGCUGUUGCCAAACAGGCGGUUGGGUAGGUGACGUACUACCAAUUAUUAGCCUGACAACGAGUAGCUAUAGCAACAAGAGUGCGUCUGAGUAUCUGCGCAUCUUGAUGUUGGACCUCACUCGUACGGUGUGAUGCCGAACUGUCCAUUUGCUGCCCACUGUCCAAGGUACCUGAGUAUGGUGGGGCCAGUGGGCCGACAA